AUGUCCAAGCAUAUGGCAAGCAGCACAAUGACAUUGAUCAUUGUCUAUCCAAAUUCUCAUCAACUGGCUUACCAAUGCUGGAAAGAUGAAGAUUCCAGUGGAAAGACAAAAGAGACUCUUUGCUCAGAGAUCAAUGCUAUAAUAGUUGAGAAUGAUAUUAUCUACCAGUCCAACAGUGAUAUCCGCAGCAAGAUACUAUACUUGCAUAACAAGUUCAAGGAUGCCACUGAUUUUAUAAAUGGAAUCGGUCAAGGAAUUCUUAAUAAUGUAGACAAGAAUGGCAAUUCUACAGCUGCAGCUGAAAAGACACUUAGAGAUAUACUUAUAAACUUAAUAUAUAUAUCAGAUAUGACGAUUAGCAGACCAUCAACUUUAGCUCCCUUCCCAAUGUCAAACGGGGACCCAACUGAUGUUUCCAAUGUGUUUGAGAGGGCUCGCCAAUAUGAUAAGGAAGCAACUCAAUUUAAGACAACUUUCCCAGUUGAGUAUCUGUCUGCGACCUCAAAUUACCAAAGACCUUCCAAGCAAGCCCAAAGAACAGUAGACUCAAAUAUCUCUAAUGUUGUAGAAGAGUCAAUCAAAAUAAACCGUGAGCAUUUUGAUUUGAUGCAGAAGAAGUUCAAGGCAAAAGAAGAGUUCUACAAGAGGCAACUUCAGCAUCAAAAAGACAUUUGCAAUGACAAGAUGAUGUUUGAGAAAAGAAGGCUGGAGAUCGAAGAGAAAUGA